GGCUAAGGCAAGCUGUGCAUCCAGUAGAGCAGCUGUCCAUUUAGGCUCCGAGAAUGCCGCUUGAGUCUAGUGAUGUUACUGCUCUCAGCAGCCGAAUAUUGGAGAAAUUGGAAGAGGAUAAGUCACAACAGGAAUCCAGGAUUAUAGUACUCAUGUACGGAGCACCAGGAUCUGGGAAAAGCACCUCCGCAGAGUUGUUGACCAAGGAUUUGAAUGCAAAGUUUAAAAGGAAGAAUUGCAGCAGUCAACAAAGAUUUUCGGUGCCCUCGCAACCCUCAGUAAUACAUCAAGGCAAAGGGAAAGCAAAGACACAAAUAUUCCAGUACAACGAAGAGUCAAGUAUUGGCUCAAAGAGCGAGGAGAUACCGUUUGCCACCCACCUCAAAAUGGAUGGGUUUCAUUUGCCUCUUUGUGUCUUAGAUGAAGAACUUAAACGUCGAAGAGGAUGUCAAGAGUCAUUUGAUGCCUCCUUAGUUGUCAGACUUGUGGAACUAUUGCUUAUUGAUGACACCUGGUCCGCUCUAAGCAUACCGGACUUUGACCAUGCAACAAAGGACCCAGUCAAUCCAGGUAUUUAUGUUUCGAAGAAAACCAAAGUGGUGGUUUUUGAAGGCUUAUAUUUGAUGCUCGACAUUGAUCCGUGGUCCCAAAUCUCUAAGAUGGUGAAAGAUUCAACAGAAAACAAAAAUGGAAGUAAAAACACCGUUUUGGUUGCCCACAUACGUGGCGGAAAUGAAAUUGAAACUGCACAUAGGAUAGCCUUGAGACAUUUGCAGUCUGGCUUGGUUGUCUCCUACGACGAAGGACGGAAACGAUACUUUGAGAACGAUCUGGCUAAUGCCAAAAUAGUUGAAAAUCGGAGUGUCACAAUUUUUGAUGAUAUGAUCAUAAACAAUUCUAUUAGAUUGGCUUUACCCUAACUAUAGAUUUUUAAUACCCUAAUAAAAAUAAAUAAAUUUUAUAAAUAGAAAACCAGAAAAGUAUUUGCCC